AUGGUACCAAGAAAGACAAAGUGCCCCGAUUUCUUCAAUUGCUCACUCCCCAAGAGCGAACAGAUCCCUGUUCAUAUGUCACGAUACCACGAUCCACGACCAAGAUUUAUCCCAAACCCCGUCCCCGGUCGUCCACCCAUCAAAGUCCAGCGCGACCCCGCCCGGGCUAUGCACUACCCCUGCCCACAUCCCAAAUGCAAUCAUUCCUCUAUCCUCAGGACGGAUCCUCGACAGCACCAGCUCGUUUGUGAAUAUCGGGAUCGGACAAAGUUCAACAGACCGACAGAAGAUGAUAUCCUCACCCACAGGAAGCGAAAGACGCAGCCUCUUGGACGCCGACAGCAACUGCAACAGAAACAACAACAACACCGACGACGUGCAGUGCCGCGCCUUCCGGUAUAUCAACCCGCCUCGUCACACGGACGAUCGACUACCCCCGCUGUUUCUCUACCUCCAAGAGCAACAGAUGUAGCAGCAGCAGAAGCAUCGGAUUCAAGACACACCUCCCACACACCCACCAACACCCUUUCCUCCACAACACUCGACCAGAUCCUGGCGACCAUGCACCAACUCACCAAGACCGUCUCCGGAUUUAGCAAUGCACUCGACCAGCAGACAGAAAGCAUUGACGCCAUCGGGGAACAAAUGGAUUGGCUUACGGACCAAAUCUACCAGAUCCGAAACAAGAAUGAGAUCCUUGAAGUCCACACCGAGUCGCUCCGGAUCGAUGCAGGACUGGUGGAGGAUCAUUUGGGGGAUCUGGUGCAGGAUAAUCGGAGGGUCAAGGAGGAAUUUAGGGACGUGUUGGAGGAUGUUAGGAGAAUGCGGGCGAUGGCCAAGGAGUUUGGACGGCAGGAUGUAAUUCACCUCGACUAA